AACUUUUUUUCCAUUUUCUGUUGGGAUAUCUAGCUCGCUCCACCACCGCUGAAAUAUAUUACUAUUAUUAUACACCGUACCGCUGUGCCAUUCACACACACGCGUGUAACAAUAAUAAUAAUAAUAAUAACAACAAUAUUAUACAUAUUUAAAAAAAAAUUUUUCUUGCAAACAGUAUAGUAUUCAUAUGAUGAAAUAAACAUAAAAAUAAAAAACUAUUUAUAUAUACAAUAAGAAACAGUGCCGCACCUAUUUGCUGUUAACACCGCCGCCGUCUCCAAGGUCCUCCUCGUCGUCCUGAAAUCUUCGUGGCGAUACAUCACCGCUGUUUAUACACUCAUUCGCCGCGGAUUAAUUACGCCGAAACUAGUGAAAUGAACCUCGACGAUCGUGUAUCAGAAAUAUCACCUCUCAAACCUUCUCAUUCAGAUCAAGGACGCAAUACAAUGAGUACCACCAGGAGACAAAGCAAAGAGAAAAUUGAAGAAUCAUGUUUUCGUCACAAUUUGCUUACUAUAUUGACAAUAGCUUCCGUAGCUGGUGGAGUGGUUUUAGGAUUUAUUUUAAAAGGAUCUAAAUCAGAAUGGACAAAACGCGAAAUAACGUACGUACAAUUCCCUGGCGAUAUUUUCCUCCGUAUGUUGAAAAUGUUAAUUGUCCCAUUACUGGUAUCAUCUAUUGUAUCGGCUAUCGGAUCGUUGGAUUUAUCUUUGUCUAAGAAAAUUGGUUUCCAAUCAAUUGCUUACUAUGCAGCUACCACAUCAAUGGCAGUUUUGCAAGGCAUAUUUUGGGUGAUGUUGAUACAUCCUGGUAAAAUAAUGAGCCAAGAAGAGCAAACGGCAAGCGUACACCAAGAAACUAGACCAAUCACUACUGUCGACACUAUAUUAGACUUAAUAAGAAAUAUAUUUCCGGCCAAUCUCGUUGAAGCAACUAUAUCGACUUACCGAACAGUACUUAUCCCUCCUAAAGCAGUAAUGAACUCAACAGUUAACGCUACUGAUAUGACAUUAUGGGAAAUAAAAUCAGAAAUGGUUGAUGGAUCUAACGUGCUUGGAUUAGUAGCAUUCUCUGUAGCUUUUGGUAUAUGCAUUGGAAAAUUGGGACCAAUGGGAAAGCCACUUCUAAACUUUUUCGAUAGUUUGGGUGAAGCUGUGAUGUUAAUGACCAAUUGGGUGAUAUGGUUAUCGCCAAUGGGUGUGCUCUUUUUAGUAGCAUCCAAAGUAUUGGAAUUGGACGAUUUUGGAGUGAUUGUUGGUAGAUUAGGAAUGUAUUUCUUGACAGUAGUGCUUGGUUUGUUCGUUCAUGGAUUUGUUCUAUUACCACUCAUGUACAGUUUAUUCACACGUCAAUUACCAUUCCAAUUCACAUUGAACAUGGGUCAAGCUAUAAUAACAGCAUUCGGAACAGCUUCCAGUUCUGCGUCUUUACCAAUUUCAAUGGCCUGUCUAGAAGAAAACAAUAAAAUUGACGUUCGAGUUUCACGAUUUGUAAUGCCCAUUGGAGCCACGAUCAACAUGGAUGGUACUGCCUUAUACGAAGCAGUAGCCGCAAUUUUUAUUGCUCAACUGAAAGGCAUACAAUUAAGUUUUGGUCAAAUUGCAGCUGUAAGUGUGACAGCUACAAUGGCAUCUAUUGGAGCAGCCGGAAUUCCUCAGGCAGGAUUAGUUACAAUGGUGAUGGUUUUGGACACAUUAGGACUACCAGCAGAUGAUGUGUCAUUGAUCAUUGCUGUAGAUUGGUUGCUUGACCGAUUCCGAACCACUGUGAAUGUGCUUGGAGACGCUUACGGUGCUGGAAUUGUUGCGAAAUUGGCAGAAAACGAUUUGGAAAUUAUGUCGUCCAACGGAACUGCGGAAGGAGGUAAAGUGCCCAACGAUGAAUGGCACACAACAUCUAUGUAGACACAAUCAGCCAUUUUUAUUUUCGUUUUGUAACUACAUUUUAUAAUUUCCGUUCUGUUUUAGAACAUUUAAACUUAAUCUUAAUAAGGGUGUACCAUCAUUUUUAUUAUUAACCAGAUAUUAUAUUGUUUUGUUUAUUGUUUUUAACGAAAUAAAAUCAAAUUAGUCUUAGACAUAAUUAUUAUAUUUAUUUUGAUUAUUGUAAUCCAUUAUUAAUAGAAACAUUUUUAUAACUAUUAAGAAUUGUUCACCAGAAACAUAUAGGUAGAUAAGAUACCUAUAGGUUACUAAUAAUAAUUGUAAAUACUCAUCUGAAAUGUACCUACCUUACUUUUAAAUACAAGUAAUCUAAGAGGUUAGGAAGAUUAGAUUCCCUUAGAUUAAGUAACUACAACUAAAUGUUUAAAUUUUCAAAAAAAUUGUACACCAACAUUACACCUAGUUAUCAUCUAUUUUGUAUUUUAAUUUUAAUUAUUCACAAUGCAGUCAUAUAAAAGUGAUGCCAUAAGAUUAUGUUUUACUAAUAAAAUUCAUAUUUAAAAAAUAAGUUUAUGUAAAAUAAUACUGUCCAA